CAAACUUUUUAGUCCCUGUGUAAUAAGUUUAAAGAAAUGACAGCCGUUUCAUUAUAUGAUGAUGAUCAAACUGAUUAUUUAAUUGAUGAUAAAGAAUCAAGAAAAAUUAGUAGAAAAUCUAGUACUCUAAGUCGAGAGGUCACUGAAACAGAACUAGUUUAUCAUGAUUUGGAAUAUGUUAUUCCUGUGAAAGAAAAGAGAAAAAAAUUUAACAAGACUAUUUUGACAGGAUGCUCGGGCAUUAUGAGACCUGGAUUGAAUGCAAUAAUGGGACCUACUGGUUCAGGGAAAACCACGUUGUUGGAUUUAUUGGGUGGUCGUAAAGAUAAAAGAUUUUUAAAGGGGCAUGUGUUUGUUAAUGGAAUACCGCAAACCAGUGAUUUCAAACUGUCUUCUGGUUUUGUUGUUCAGGAUGAUGUUGUAAUGGGCACACUUACUGUACGUGAAAAUCUUUAUUUUUCUGCAAAUUUACGAUUGCCAAGUACGUUUAGUAGUUCUCAUAGAAAGGAUCGUGUGGAAACAAUAAUUAAAGACUUGCAAUUAACUCUUUGUGCUGAUACACUGGUUGGCGCUCAAAAUCGAAGAGGAAUAUCAGGUGGUGAACGCAAAAGAACAUGCAUUGGAAUGGAGCUUGUCACAUCUCCAAAUGUUUUGUUUCUUGAUGAACCAACUACUGGUCUUGAUGCUUCAACAGCUGUUGUUGUUAUGAAACUACUCAGAAAGCAAGCAGCAAAAGGACGUACUAUUAUAUUUUCCAUCCAUCAGCCACGAUACAGCAUCUUUAAAUUGUUUGAUAAUCUUACAUUGUUGGUUAAGGGCCAGACUGUUUAUAAUGGAGAUGCUAAGUUGUCCAUGUCAUAUUUUGAAUCUCUAGGUUACAUGUGUGAAACAUUUAAUAACCCAGCUGACUUUUAUAUGGAUGUACUCUCAGAUGAAAAGAUGUCAGUUGAAGAUGGUUCAAAUACAGAGGAACCAGUUAAAAAAGUGUCGAAUGAAUCAUUAGUAAAAAUGUAUAAAAAUUCGGACAUGCAUGUGAAAACAAUGAGUGAAAUAAAAUCUGUUUAUGAUAGUUCAAAAUAUAUUGAUGAAGUUGAAGUUCGCAAUAAAAAUCAGUACCCAUCCUCAUUUUUUAGACAAAUUCGAUUUCUCUCAGUGAGAUCAAUGAAAAAUAUGGUUCGUGAUCCAAGAGGUCUAAUAUCUCAGCUUUUUGUAGGUGUUGUUAAUGCAGCAAUUACUGGAGCUAUUUAUUGGCGCCUUAAAAAUGAUUCUGCAGGGAUUCAAAAUAGGGAAGGACUUUUUUAUUUUAUACUGAUGAACCAAGUAUUUUCUAACUUGAGUGCUAUUUCAAUUUUUUACAAUGAAAGACCCAUUUUUCGAAAUGAAUGUUCAAAUGGAUAUUACAGAAUUUCUUCAUACUUUUUAUCCAAGUUGUUCUUUGAUGUGCUUCCUUUACGUAUUAUACCCUUAAUUGUAUUUUCACUCAUGGUUUACUUUAUGACAGGUUUAAAGUUAGGAGUGGAUAAUUUCUUUAUAUUUGUGGUAUCACUCUUAACGGCCAAUCUCACUGGUUCUUCGAUCUGUAUUUUUGUUAGUAGCAGCACAAGUAACAUAGCUGUUGCUAAUUUACUGGUCACUCUUCCAUUUGUAUUUAUGCAAGUGUUCAGUGGAUUUCUGCUGAAUUUAGCUAGCAUUACUAAAGUUUUAAGGUGGUUGCAGUAUCUAAGUAUAUUUAGGUACUCUCUUGCUAGCUUAGAAAUUAAUGAACUUAAAGGUAUGACGUUUUCAGAUUGCCCAACAAAAAAUCAGACUUGCACUGGAGAUCAACAUUUAGAAAAACAAGGUUUUGAUUCAACUUUUCUCUGGCUAAAUCAAGUAAUUUUGAUUAGUGCGGCAAGCUUUUUAUACUUUUUAGCAUAUUUACAGUUGAGGCGGAUGAAAAAAACUGUUUAAACUCAUAGUUAUACUGAAAGUAAGAAUUUGAACUUUUAACGUAAUUCAUUUUUUGUUGUGUUUACAGAAUACUUGUUUUAAGUAGAGUUUUUAUGAUUAUACUCGAAUAUGAUUUUAUAAAAAAUUAUAUUUUUUUUAUAGUAUUUAUAUAAGAUUUGGAAACAAUAAAGUAACAAGAAUCAAUAACUAUCGAUAUCUUUUUUUUUAGCUCAUUUGUUUUAAUCUAAGUUAUUUCAUAGCGAGCUUUUUUAUUUUUUGCUUCAUAAUCUUAGUGGAUCUUAAAGGAUCUUUUUACGUUUAAUAGACAUGUAUUUUGUAACCACAGUCCAUUCUUUUUAUUGAAUCAUGAUUUUAAAUAAUUUUAUAGGUGUAAUUAAGAUAUUUGUUAUAAUUUAUUUGGAAUUUAUAUAAUAAAACAGAAUUUUUUAAUUAUCUAAAAUAAAAUUUUACCUAUAUAUUUUUUCUAUAUUCUUUAAACUUUAUAUGAAUGAAAUGUUUUAACUGUUUCUAUCGA